CACUUAAGAAGACACACAUGGACAGGGCUGAAGUGUAAGCAGUCUGUAAGUCUCGCUUUGAUAGGACUCUGCAGUGCUGUGGUCAGGUGAUGGACUCUCAGUGCAGCCCACGCGCUGGGGGGUUUCUUGUUGCUGAGAGAAGUGGGCGGGAUUAUGAUGCGGUGAGAUUCCACCUGACGUCACCGGGAGCGAGGCCGCGCGCGACCGCGCCUAUAAAAGCCUGCCUCAGCUCUCCAAUGGACUUUUAGUGUCAGUGCAGCUUCACAGCGGUCAGGAAGACAACUGAGAAUUUACCGUCUCUGCAACACGAUCCAACAUGAUAACAGGAGCAUAAACUUUUUUCUUCGUCUGUGUUUCCGAUUUCAGAAAGAACAAUGCCAGAGCAGAGCAACGAUUACCGUGUGGUCGUGUUUGGGGCCGGUGGGGUCGGCAAGAGUUCCCUGGUCCUGCGGUUUGUCAAGGGAACUUUCCGUGAGAGCUACAUCCCUACCAUUGAGGACACUUAUAGGCAGGUAAUCAGCUGUGACAAGAGCAUCUGCACCCUUCAGAUCACAGACACCACAGGCAGUCACCAGUUCCCUGCCAUGCAACGCCUGUCCAUCUCCAAGGGUCACGCUUUCAUCCUGGUCUACUCUGUAACCAGCAAGCAGUCUCUGGAGGAACUAAAGCCCAUCUUCGAACAGAUCUGCCAGAUCAAAGGUGAUGUGGAGAACAUUCCUAUAAUGUUGGUGGGCAACAAAAUCGACGAGACCAGCGGCCGCGAGGUGGAGACCGGCGACGGCGAGGCCAUGUCCAAGAGGUGGAAGUGCGCCUUCAUGGAGACGUCAGCCAAAACCAACCACAACGUAAAAGAGCUCUUCCAGGAGCUGCUGAACCUGGAGAAGCGCAGGACUGUCAGCCUCCAGAUUGAUGGCAAAAAGAACAAGCAACAGAAACGUGCUGAGAAGCUUAAGGGAAAGUGUGUUGUCAUGUGAGAGAUGAAAGGAGAACGUGUCUGGAUGUAGUCAGAAGAAAACCAAGGAGUCAAGCUUUCACAACGUAGCAGUUCUGGCUAACACCUUUCCCACUUCACAAAGAACGAUAUGCACGUAUAACCGUAACGUUUCUGUCAUGGGACAAGUGAUUUGUUGAGUGGAGGGAUUGUUGGGGUUUACUGACAGCCACAAAAAAAGAACCUUGGAGAAUCAUUCAGAAGUUAAGCCACUUUCACCCUGUGCUACUCGAACAGACAUUAUUCCCUGAGCUUGUCACUAACAGGAUUCAGUCUCACAAUCUUGCAAGUUGGAACCAGAUGUUGGAACACAACAGCAGUGUUUAAUGCUUCAGAACCACUCUCAUGCGCUCAUACUGCACAGUUCAGGUGUAACUGCAAAGUGUAAGGAUCCAGUAGUACCGAUUUCUGUGGAAAAGGAGAAUAAGAUGAGGAAAGUGUGGACCAAAGUGGAAUUUCAGACAUCAGUUUAAAUAAAUCUGCCCCAACAUGGAUGUUCUACAAAGCAAUAUGUAUACGUUAUACAGAUCUGAGUAUAUUAAAGAUAUAUUGAAUUAACCAUAUGAAAAAUGAAACACGAGAAAACAAAGAAGCUGCUGGUUUCAUGUCUUUUACACAGCCAUUACAGUUUAACGGGUAUAAAGUUCAACCGUUUAACACUAAUAUAUUUGAAUCUCUUGAGGCUUUGUGUUAGCCUCUAAUGACAAGGUAAGAAGUAAUUUAAUGGAUUUCCUGUAAACAGGGAGGACAAUGAUCCUUUAUAUUCCAUACAUUUAUAGUAAUAUGCCUAUAUUUAUUCAUUAUUUUAAUAUUGUACACAGUUUAUCCUUCGUAAAUUUUUUCAAAAAUAUCUGAAGAUAAUUGCAGUAGAAAAGUCCCGCCUUUAAAUUUUACCAAAUGGUGUUUACUAGUUAGAUGAGCAUUUUCUCAACAAAUGAUGAAUAACAUAUAUUCUAAGAUAUCUCUUAAUAGUGACGGAUAUUAAAGUACGACUUUGUCUUGUCUGAGAUAUGUCAUAUUAGUUUGAUCAAUAAGAUCAAUAAGGAUGAGCCAGUGCCUUUAUUUAAGGUUGAGGAUGCUGAUUUCCAAUUUAAGAGUACUCCAGAUGUUUACAGAUUAUAGUAAAAGCUUGAUCUAUCGAUCAUGACCUGUGUGUGUUCGUAGAGGACUCACUCACCGAAGGCAAACGAAUCACUAUUAAAAUCCUAACUUUGCUUUUGGUGAUAGUAAUUUACUAAAAAAAUAACGGCAGAUGUUCUUUAUCCCAGAUGCCUCAUUUAGAGGGAUAAUAACCUUGUGUGCCAGUAUUCUGAGUUUGUUACUGAAUGUGGAUUUGAAAGGUCAAUCCAUUUAUGAAAUUGUUGUGUAGUGUAUUUUAUGAAAUCAGAAAGUGGCCUUUGUGAUUGGAGCAUGUGGUGACAGAUUAGGUGGAUUGGUCCAAUGAAACUGGUAAGAUUUUAUAAACUAUAUAUAAAGCUUUACAGCAGGAUUGCAUGAUUCCAGCAGCAGCAGGAAAGAGCUUCAGAUAAUGACUGCGCAAAACGAACUAACAAAACCAUACACUUUACUUAAUGACCAGCUGAGUAUGUUUUCUAUAGGCCUAGAGUCAAUUAGCCUCUCUUUAAUGUUUAUGAACGGAAUGACAUAUGUGUAUAGUUUUAGCAUGAUGGGUCUUGUAAUUAUUACAGUAGGAUCUGGCUUUUACGGCUAGCUUAUAUUGCUGCUCUGGCUGUCUUUUUUUUACGUCAGUACAGUAUGACAGACACAGUGCACUAUUUAUUUAAGUGAUUUAUUGUCACAGGAAUGUCGCUAGUAUGGUUGUAACAGAAUGGAAAAGAUUGACAAUAUGUUAAUACAGUCGCAGUAGAUAAGUAUAUCCUCUAUCCAGAAGUUUAGUUACAGGCUCCAGCGUUAAAGCUGAUGGUAUGUGUUAUUUAGGCAAGAAUGAAGAUAGAUUCACAGAUGAAGUUAAAUGACCCUGUUUGUUUGCUAUGAUGGAACUGUAAAAUUGGAAAUGAUGUAAUGUUGUUUUGAUGAACUGCCUGUAAAACAUCAUGUGUGCCUACAAGUUUAUAUAUUACUGUAAAUAAAUCAGAAAAUAAAGAUAGUUCUGCAUUUGAACACGAA